GUCCCCUCUGAGGUGGGAGUGCUUACCCUUCUCCUGGGAGAGUGGUGCUACUGCAUGGAAAGAGAAUUUAUAUUAGUUGGGCCAGAGAGGUAAGAGUAAGAAGUAGUAUGCUGCUGGAGCAUUUACCUGUGAUUGAGUUCAUCUGAAUUGCAGUUCCUGCUGGAAGUUCUAUGUAUUUUGUAAUAAAUGCUCCGUAGGUAAAUAAUUUAUUAAAACAAGCAAAGAGAAAAACAUUGUUUCCCAUGCUGAAUGUUGUAAUAGUUGAGAAUAUCUUGACUAUAAUUGUUGGACUGGUGUUUUCAUCUUCUUUAGCACUGUUAGGAUCAAGUUUGUGCAGAGAAAUGAGACUGUUUUUGCUCCAGAAGAAAUUAUCAAUCGUAGAUAGGCUGUCUUCCUAGACAAAAAUGAUUUACAUUUUUGUCAUUUACAUUUACAAGAUCCUGUAUGGCAUUGUUGAGUGCUAGGAAGAAUGGCAGAUCUUUCUAAAAGGUGUACAUUGAUUCUUCUUCCUUUUGUGGGUUUAAAUGAAAUUAAAACCUUGUUUGUGUUCAGGACUGUGCAAUUGUUAGGGUCCAGGUUUGUGCCCAGUCCAGAGUUUGAUCAAGCAAAGGAGAGAAUGCUUUGUUUUAGGCUCCUAUUUGAAAUAUAACUACGUGUAAACAUGGUGUUGCUCAUUUUAGUUUUGGGUAAUGUGGCCACAGAAAUACAGAUGUCUGUAGACAACAUUGAGAACAAAACUUUGUUCAGGACUUAGCAGGAGUUUUCAUUAUUAUGCUUGCCUCUGAAAUCUGAGACACUCAGUGGUCUGAGAUUCUAACAUUUAUUUUUAAAGUUCCCAACGUGAUAUUCUUAGAAUUGUUAAUGAUUAUAGUCUUAAGUGUAGUUGUAAAUUAAAGGUACUGACUUUAGGUUUGGUCUGUGGAAGUAAACAGGCUAGUGUGGUUGUUAUGUUUGCAUGCCAGAAAAUGAGGAGGCACUCAUUAAGCAUAGCUUAUUAAAUACUGCAGUACAGGUAUGUAUUUUAAAUAUAGAUGGUGUUUGAAGCCAAUACCAAAAUGUUUUUUGGAUAUAAGAGGACAUUUAAGGUUACAUAAUUUGAAAGCUCACCUUCAAUCUACGCCGGUUAUUUUCCAACUAUAUUGAAACAGUGUAAGUUUUAGUUUUCUUAUGUCUGUAUACUAAAUGUAGCUACUGUUCAAUUGGCAUGCAAGGAGAUUUGAAGUGUGGAAUGCAGUGUGCUGACACACAGACUUUGGCUUUGUGUUGAUGUUUUUUGCCUCAAAAUUAAGAAAGAAUACUGUUUCCCUCUUCAAAAUAAAUGCUAAACUAUGAAGUAUAAAACAAUAAAAAUAAAAAGAUUUGUAUCAUCAUUGCCUUUGUCUGAAAAAUAUACAGAUCUUUUCUUUGUUCAAAACCUGAAGUUGUUUUUAUUUUUGCCUGAAGUGUUGUGGCACUAUUUAUCAAGAUGCUGCAUAUAGUGGUGUUCUGCUCUGUUACGUUCUUUAAAGUAGAAUUCCAUUUACAUGGAUGGACAGGAAGCUCUUUAAACGCCGAAAUGUUUCUCUCCCGGGAAAUGAAGAAUCUAUGGUGGAAAGUCCAAUUCAAGAUCCUGACAUCAGCUCUACUGUACCCAUUCCAGAGGAAGAAGUUAUUACAGUAGAUAUGGUGCAGAUGAUUUUCUCGGAUGAUCCUGAUCAGCAACUCACAGCAACUCAGAAAUUCAGAAAGUUGCUAUCUAAAGAGCCUAAUCCGCCCAUAGAUGAAGUCAUCCAAAAACCAGGAGUCGUACAGAGAUUUGUGAAAUUUCUAGAGAGGAGUGAGAAUUACACGUUGCAGUUUGAAGCAGCGUGGGCUCUAACAAACAUAGCAUCUGGAACUUUUCUACAUACAAAAGUUGUAAUUGAAACUGGAGCUGUUCCAAUUUUUAUAAAAUUGCUCAGUUCAGAACAUGAAGAUGUACAGGAGCAGGCAGUGUGGGCUCUUGGUAACAUUGCUGGUGAUAACGCAGAAUGCAGAGACUUCGUUUUAAACUGUGGAAUAUUACCACCCCUCUUGGAACUGUUAACAAAUUCAAAUCGUCUUACCACGACUAGAAAUGCAGUCUGGGCACUCUCAAAUCUCUGUAGAGGCAAGAAUCCACCUCCAGACUUCAGUAAGGUUGCUCCUUGCUUAAAUGUUUUAUCAAGACUGUUGUUUAGCAGUGAUCCGGAUGUAUUAGCAGAUGCUUGCUGGGCCCUCUCUUACCUUUCAGAUGGACCCAAUGAUAAAAUCCAAGCUGUUAUUGAUUCUGGAGUGUGCCGAAGAUUGGUAGAGUUGCUUAUGCAUAAUGAUUACAAGGUGGUAUCCCCUGCAUUAAGAGCAGUUGGAAAUAUUGUUACUGGUGAUGAUAUCCAAACACAGGUGAUUCUGAAUUGCUCAGCGUUACCCUGUCUCUUGCAUUUGCUUAGUAGUCCCAAGGAAUCUAUUCGAAAAGAAGCAUGCUGGACUGUUUCUAAUAUUACUGCAGGAAACAGAGCUCAAAUUCAGGCAGUUAUAGAUGCAAAUAUUUUUCCAAUAUUGAUUGAGAUUCUUCAGAAAGCUGAAUUUCGCACCAGAAAAGAAGCAGCAUGGGCCAUAACUAAUGCAACAUCAGGAGGAACCCCUGAACAGAUUAGGUAUUUGGUAGCACUCGGUUGUACCAAGCCUCUUUGUGACCUCCUGACUGUGAUGGAUUCAAAAAUAGUACAGGUGGCUUUGAAUGGACUUGAAAAUAUCCUGCGUCUUGGAGAACAAGAGUCUAAGCAAAAUGGAAUGGGCAUUAAUCCUUAUUGUGCCCUUAUAGAGGAAGCAUAUGGACUUGAUAAAAUUGAAUUUCUUCAGAGACAUGAAAACCAAGAGAUCUACCAAAAGGCUUUUGAACUCAUAGAGCAUUACUUUGGUGUUGAAGAAGAGGAUUCCAGUAUUGCACCUCAGGUGGAUGAAAGUCAGCAGCAAUUUGUUUUCCAACAGCAGGAGGCUCCAAUGGAGGGGUUUCAGUUGUGAACUAUUGAAGUGAAGACAAGUAUAAAAUGUAUACACUUGUAGAGUUUUUGUUUGUUUUCCAGAAGUCUUUUCUUUAUGGCCAAAGGUAGAGGGAAAGCUGAGAAUGUUUUGCAGAAAUAGAUGAAGAAGCAGCUCAUGCACUUUUAUAUUUUGUUAGAUACAACUGUUCUUUGUUCUGUAUUUGUUUGGGUUUUUUUUUUUUUGUUCUCAUAUGUACAGAAAACAACUGUGAGUAAUCACGUCUAAAGUAAAGCAUUACAUGUGAUCUAUCAGGAACUGCUAAGCUAAGACUUAAAAGGAUUUUAGGCAGUGGUUCUGAAUCUUUCUUGUAGUCUCAAACUGCAUAUCAGCAAUACAGUUACUGACAGUUGUAUUUUUGGCAGUAGGCUUGACUUGCCCAGUCUAUCAAAUCUACCUCUUGUAUUGAAGCAUUGAACAUUGCUUCAGAACUAAGGCAUGAAAUAAAGAUGAGCUUGUUAGAAGCUGAAUUGGAAUGUGAAAAAUAUUUAUUUAAAUUAUGAAACUUCCACGCAUUACUUACUUUACCACACACUGUUGGAAUUUAUUUAUAAAAUGUAUUUAAAGACAUAAUGCAUAUCUAUAACGAUAAUUACGCAAUAUAUAAUAUUGAGUACCUGAAAAAGCUUUUACACAAUUAUGUGGGAAGAGACUGUUUCAGAGGUUUUCAAAUUGGAAUCAGCAGAGAGCUUGCUGGUCAUUUGGUGCUUGCUCUGUAAUUAAAGCUGCUAAAUGGCAUUUAAAGUCAGCCACAAAUACAAUACUUUGCUGUGGAAGCGGUUGCUGUAGUUACCACAAGAAUGCUGCAAUCGUGGAUGACAGAGAUGGUCAUUUGUACAGAUGGAAAUGCAAAGCAGAUGGUUUACAGCUGUCUCCUGCCAAAAUGUAGUAACACCACUUCAGCUGAGGAAAGCAGUGUUACUCUUUCUAGUAACAGUAGCUUCUUAAAGGUUGAGAAAGUAGGUGUUGCAUUUCUGACCAAAUAUGCUGCCACCACUUGAGUUCUGUAAGUUUGCUAACUCAGUUCUCGUCUAGUAAGACUAUGAAAAUACUGCAGUGAGGAAUGAACGGAGAAUCGCUCCUUUCCAGCUAAUUGACAAUAUGUUAUACUGUAAAUACACAUUAAGUAUGUGGACACCAAAACUAACUAGAAGUUACUGUAUUCUAAACAUUUAGGCUCUACAGUACACAGUGUUUGCUGUUUAAAACACUAACAGAAACAGAAUUCUAAUAUUCACGUUAACAGUUUUGAGUACAGAAAAAUGUGUGCUGUGCUUGGACUUGCAUAUACAUAGUGUUUCUGGAAUAUUAGCAGUAUGUUUCAUUUGGAGAAACUAAUACUUUGGAUUAAUUAAAGUAUAUUUUUGUUUUUUUUCCCUGUAAUUAAUGUAUUAUCUUCAAACUCCUGGGUUAAGUGAGUUGGCAUAUGACAGCAUUUCAUACUUCAUAAAAAGCUGCAAUUUAAACAUGAAAUUACUUAUCCCAUGGCACUGUGCACAAUAUUUUAAUGCACUGAAAAAUACAUAUUAAAGGUGAUAACCAUUUACAGUACCAUUUUAUAUUUAGAUUUUUUUUAUGUGCAAGUUAGAAUUCUAAAAUGUUUUGCUUUGAUGUUGCAGCAAUAUAUAAUGUAUUGUAAUUGAAUGUGAGACUUGAAGUGGAUUUUUUAAGAUUAAUGGUCAGUUUUGACUAAGAUGUAACUGGGAGGAACGAAAUCUCUUUUUGAAGUCUUUUUACUGGAAUUUAGAGGUGUAAGAAGCGUGUAUAUAGGAGUGCUGUUACUUUAUGAACUCUGAAUAAUGAGAUAUUUUAUCAAAUGACACUUUAAACCUAGAUUUGUACAGCAUACAGUGGUUUUGAAUAGUGUGAUAAUCUGAGUACAGCUGCCAAAUUUUCAUACAAUAUUAGAUGAUUGUAUUUGUGCCCUUUUUACUCUCACAGUUUUCUGUUUGCAUAAGCUGACCUUCCUUCCUGCCAUCUGCUCAAAGUACAGGGUAGUGAUCAUGGAAAUCUACUAGGGUUGCUAGUAAACGCUGAAUUUCAAUGUUCUUCUAGUGUAGAAAUAAAGAAUUCAGGUAACAGGGUAUUCCAUUAUUUCUAACAAACUUGUUUUGAUAAUGUUACGUAACCAGUUGUGCCUGCUUUUUAUUUGGAGGACCUUACAAACCCUGCAUUUAGAAGCUUCUCUAACUUAAACCAAAUCUGAACUAUAAAAAUCUCGAUUAAAAGACUUGAAAAUGAAACAAGGGGGCGUACAAAGUAUUAUAUUUGUUUUGAAAGAAUGUCUUCAGUUUUGUGGAUAUAUUGUCUGAACAGUUAGUGACUGCACUUUACGCAUUUAGAUAAAUAUAUUUCAUGUCUGAUAUAUUUAAGUGUAAUAGUUUAAAAGUGAGAUAAAAGUGAUGGACUUUAGCUAAUGAAACAUUAUUUGAAUUCGAAGUUAUUUGAAUUCACCACUUGGUUUACUCUGACGUUGUUCAAAAAAACAUAUCUUUGUAAGCAUAAAAGAUGGUCCUUCCUGUUAUAUCAUUGGAUUUAUUGCACGUUUGGUUAAAAGCACAUUAAUGAACAGUACAAAAAGAUGACGUCUUACAGCCAGCUCUGGUGCAGUCAUCUGUCAGUAGAGAUGUGAGCAUGGCAAUGUUGCCUAAACAGAUGAAACCAGUGAAGGGAAAAAAAAAAAACAACUGAAAAAAGCGUUUUGGGGGGCUUUGGUGUUAAUUCAAAGGGUACCAUUAGUUUUGCUUAAACGUGAAUACCAGCUAGCUAAUCUAUGCAACUAUGCAAAACGUGAAACUUUAUUUUUCAGUUCUCUACUCUUGACACACUGAAUCAUAUCUGAUUUCUUUAUCAUUGCACUUUUGUCUGAGGACUGGUUCAUACAGCUUUUUAAUUUUCCAGUAUUUGCUUUAAAAAGUGUUGCUAGCAGCAAUCAAAAAGUGGUAAUAAUGUUGGCCCAGAAAUAAGUUGUAGGAGAAGUUUGCAACUGGAAAGUUUCUGUUGUCAGGUCUGUCUUUAAAAACAAAAGGAUGCACUAUUGUCUUUCCUUCAUGGCUACUUCUCAGUUGGGUUAAAUUUAUUAAAUUGUCCAGCUGAGGACUUUUGUCAUUGGUCUGCCAGCUGAUAAAAGUUCAGCGGUGACCUCAAGAGUUCACUGAAAUCUGGAAUGAGAAAUUUCAGUUACCGCACAAGAUCUUCAUAUAAUGUGUACAAACUUAACAUACCCGUAUUACCUUCAGAUAGCAAUAGUGCAUCUUUAAAUCCAGGCCAAAGGCCCGUUACUGUAACAAAACACACGAGUAGUAUGCAAUAUUACGGAAUGUUAAGUCUCCAAAUACCAUACGGAAACCAAUAAAAACCUAUUUUGCAGAA